AUCUGAGUCAUCGGAUCACCGUGAGUCAUCAGAUCACGAACUAUCAAAUUCAAAAGCGAAAAUUGAUCUCUCUUCCAUCGUCUCCCAUCUAGGGGAUGAAAGAGCUACUGUUUUGUGGAGCAACCUACUCCUCAAAGACCUUGGACGAGCUCGCACAGCAGGUGGUCGCUUCAUGUCUGUCGAGACCAGGGAAACUAGGAUACAGACCAUUCGUGCGAAGUAUUGCUCUGCGGAACCCUCGAUCCAAUCUUCGCACUCUAGUGGUCAACAACUAGAUUUAGGUCUACUACAAGAACUAGAUGAAGACUUCGACCUCCUCUUCGCACGCGCUGGCAAUGUUCGGGAGAUGGCGGGUGGGCCGCACAUAGUGUUUUACGAAAGAGAUUUGCCGGAGGAAGAUCUUCAUGUGCCUGAGGAUCAUGCGCCAGAAGUCGAUGUAGAUAUGGGAAUUGGGGAAUGGGAUAUAGAAGAUGAGCAAGAAAACCAAGAAGAAACACAUAAUCCUGUAGAAGUAGUUGUAGAAGAGGAAGAGAUGGAUAAUAGAAACAGGGAAGAACUGGUAGUAUCAUCUCCACCUACAUCUCGUCCCAGCGUCGUCCACAGAGCAGAUGAACCUCAACAGAGAACCUCAUCAACCUCCUCGUCCUCGUCUUCCGCAGUAGAAGCUCGUCGGUUUCCCACUCGGUUUGCAGAUGCAAAUGAGCUAGACGAAGCACUCUCGUUUUGGCUACUCGCAUCAGAAGAGUACGAUUCCGGUUGGGCAGUAGAAAUGCGAAAAUUGAUUCAAGUUGCUUGUGCGAAAGGUGCAAAAUUAUGGCUACAAAAACUUUUGCGGUUUUUGGUAUUGAUUGCACUUAUAUAUUGUCCUGCUCUUCUUGUUCUUCUUAGAAGCAGAAGUCCUCUAUUUUCUAAUACAAGUUGAGUAUUAGUAGGGAAAAUCUAGACGACCCGGACCUGUCGAAAGCCAGACGACCCGGACCUGUCUAAAGCUAGAUGAUAAAGGUAACGAAAUAAAACAAAAAAACUUCGAAGAACUUGAACUGCCUCAUUUAAGUACUUCUGAUACAAGUUGAGUAAAGGUAUUGGCUACCUCAUCUAUUUCUAAUACAAGUUGAGUAUUGGGACCUCAGCCGAGUGUACCCAGACGACCCGGACCUGUCUAAAGCUAGACAAAGCGCGAAAACUGCGUAUUCCCAACAAAAUGCAUUGUGGGACGAAAGGAGAAGGCGAAUUUUAGCACCAGAAAGAGCAGGAGACCAAUUAUUUCGUGUAGGUGGAACGAGGGAAGCGAUUUUAUGAUUUGUUGGUAUCGUGGUCCACGUGGUGGAUCUGGAUCUGGAUUAUAGCUGUAAGCGUAAGCCUAUGAAUACUUUAGUAGAUAUUUAUUGUUUAUUAUCAACUAGCAAAUAAAGAGUUGCAGUUUACAGCGUUACCUCAAGUAGUGCAAACUGAUAUCAACUAGUAAAAGAAGAAGCAAUAAAUGAAGGAAAUGUACACAUGAUGUAAUGAGAAGCAGCACUUUCCUAUCUCCCCCCCCCCUCGUCUUGGGCUUGUUCAUACAACGUGCGACAGCAGCAUUUCUCUACCAGAGGCUCCUCAUUCCUUGUCGAGGAAGCAGAAGACACCAACCGCCUCAUGGCAAACACCGGCUUCCGAGGAGAUGCUCGAGGACGACCCAGUGAGAUGCUGAUUGGGUUGCCGCGUCCCUGCUAUACCACCGUGUUGGGGAACAAGUACUUAGCAGUAACGGACACUCAACUGGCUUUGUUAAGGCGUCCGCUCAAGCAUCCUCUGCAUCAUCCUUCUCCUUGGCCGUUUUCCUACUUGAAUGGGUUACAACUUUUCCUAUUUACAUCUGGGUUUUUACAACUUUUAAUCAUUAAUAGUUAAUUGGUCUCUCGUGCGAUCUGAAAUAGGCAAGAUCUUGAAGUCUCAAAUUAUAGGCAAGGGGCUCUUAGUCUAGCACAGGCGUGCGGUGUCCUGUUAUUCAACUUGCUUCGCUUUUUUCUAGCAUAAGCGGCGUUAGCCAGAUGCUCAAAUAAAGGAGGAGAGAGAUCAGUGAGCUUUAUCGUGGUUGGUGUAGAUUGGGGAAAUACUUGAAAUAAAAGCGAGGACCAAGGAUGCACUCAGGAUUGCUAACGGGGUAGCUCUAACAUUGAGUGCGCUCGCUACGUGGAAGACGUGCAUAUCGGAUAAAGUACUUCAGGGAGGAGGGUCUGGACCAGCAGGUCGUGCCUCGUAUGUGAUGGAACCACCUGGGAUCUUAUGAUGUUUUCGUUGUUGAGUUUGCAUGUCCAGCACGAAGAGAUGGAGAACAAGCUGUAUGUAUUUCCAUCAUCUGUUUCUAGAAGAACUCAAUUAAUCGCUUACAAACUGUACUACCACAUCCUCAUUAGAGUCAGAUAGCUCCUCUUCUAACCUUCAUGCCAACUUUUCGAGCUCUGGGUGGAGAGAUGCGUAAGAAGAAAGUGAUUCUCUAUACUGCCUUGAGGCGCUUAGGGAUACCCGAGACGGGAUCUUUACGGGUGUUGCCAGACCAGCGACUUGCUAGACCCCGCACCGCAGAUAUGGAGUUGCUCUUCCACGAUAGACCUGCUCUAUUAGACGAUCCCUCUUUUUUGGUCGAUUUAGGGUUCAACCAAGGUGCGGAGAUUCUCUUUCUUAUGCUUAAUGUGGUCGUAUUUGUACUAAUUAGGAGUCAGAUUCAACCAAGAAGGUGCGGAGAUUCUUUUUCUUGAGAUCGUACUUGUACUUAAUAGGGGUUCAUUUUGAAUAGUACCUAGUACUAGGUUGUUUCUUGUUCUUCGAACAGGAGUUGUGAUCUCUAAGACAGUCUAACCUACCUUGUUGUUCUAUAAUUAUCGAGCUUUUCUCUUCUAAUUUUCCAGCCGUCUACUCCUUCGUCGCCCAGCAAAUCCGCGAGAUGCCACGAGUGCGGCAGGUGCUAUACAAUUGUUUCAAUGCAGGGCUGAUGUGAGAAAAACAAGCACAUAAAGCUGCAGAACCAUCAUGAAUGUUGAGAAUAUAAGUAGUCAGACUUACUAGAACAAUGAAUCUAUUCUAGUACUCGAUGACGUUUGUUUCUAAAGAUUGUUUUCGAACUUUUUCGAUCGUUUCUCCUAGCUAACAAGGCUAUAAGGCGAGUUUACAAGAUUUGAAACUUAUUGGUCAGUUGCACCAGACGAGAUUCGACGACAUUAUGAAUUUUUAUUGUUCUCACAAAUUGCUACUUUGGAAAUGCUUAAUUAUGUUAUAUCUUGUUUCUAUACCUGUUGUAGUACUAGACCUACUUAGAUGAAGAUGACGUCGACCAAGUGCAUUCCGUCAAUUGUUCUCCUGUUUGCUUUGUAUACUACAAGAAUACGAUCAUGGUCGGUAUUAGAUUUUUUUGAUGAUUAUCUAUCACUGACUCGCAGACUACUUUGAUGUCGACUUCUCUCCCAAGAAUGAUGGCAUGCAAAUCAUGCAUAAAGAAUUCCCGACGGUGACGGAUUUGAGAACUCUGAAGAACUCACCACGAAUUACGCUGCAAAAUGUGAAAAAAAUAAGCACAUGUUGCACAAUGGUGCUUGAGUAGCUGCUUGACGAUAAUUUUUUGCAAAGUUUCUCCCGCAAAAGAAUUGUCAUUGCAAUGGACUUCCUUGUUGCAUGUGCACCAUCUGAGUUAUACUACCC